GGUAUUAGAAUAACUUAUAUGAAGAUCUACGUUGAUGCAUUCAGUGGAGAAGAAAUCGUUUCUGACAGUUUCAAUAUGGAAGAAAAAUUCGAAGGAGUUAUUGGUGAAGUGUAAUCCCAAGAUAUUGUCAAAGGUGCUCUCAAUGUAGAUGUUGGUGCUGGAGGACAUUUCGGUGGAAAGAACGAAGAUGAAGAAGACGGAGGUGUAGAAGAUCAAGCCUAAAAAGUUAAUAACAUCAUUGAUGCCUUUAAAUAUGCUGAAACUUAAUUCACCAAAGCCGAUUAUGUUACUUACUUUAAAGCUUAUGCCAAAAAGGUUAAGGCUUAUUUAGAAGCAAACAAACCCAGACAGAGUUGCUUCAUUCUAAAAGGGAGCUGGCGAAUUCAUUAAAUGGGUGUCUGCAAACUUCAACGAGCUUUAAUUCUACUGUCCAGAAUCAUAUGA